UGAUCUCUAAUUCUCUAUCCACUGUCGGCUAUCCGCCACUAGAGUACACAAUACGCCCCAUAAACGUACGCUCUACAAGGGGAGAGUUCCGGAAGAGGAAACAAGAAACUCAAGAAGAGCUGAAUCGCUAGCGAGAGAGUUGAAAAUGGAGGGCGAGCCUACUCGAUUGAUGAUUGCUGUGAACGAGUCAACGAUCAAGGGCUAUCCGCACCCUUCCAUUAGUAGCAAAGGAGCUCUCGAUUGGACCCUGCAGAAGAUCGUUCGCUCGAACACUUCUGGCUUCAAGAUUCUCUUUCUCCACGUCCAAGUCCCCGAUGAAGAUGGCUUUGAUGACAUGGAUAGUCUAUAUGCAUCCCCUGAAGAUUUUAAAAGCAUGAAGUACAGGGACAGGGCUAGAGGGCUGCAUCUACUGGAGUACUUUGUGAAUCGAUGCCAUGAAAUUGGGGUUGCUUGUGAGGCAUGGAUUAAAAGAGGGGAUCCCAAGGAACAAAUCUGUUAUGAGGUUCAACGAGUUCAUCCGGAUUUUCUUGUUACGGGAAGUCGAGGACUUGGCCCUUUUCAGAGGGGGAUGCCAGGAAUCAAGGUUCUAGCUCUCUUGUUGAUUUUAAAUUUGAAGUUAGAAAUUUGGAACACUGGUUGAAUCUACCGUAUCAAUACCAGUAUACCAGUUUAUAGCCAUACUGGUCAAGCGAGGAGGUUUUUUUGUGAUUUGGGCAGAAGUUGGCUUUACUUGGAUAACCACUGGUGAUGCAUCCAACAAUUUUUUUUCCUUCCUAAAUUGUUAUAACAGGGUUUUUGUUGGAACUGUGAGUGAAUUCUGUGUGAAGCAUGCUGAGUGCCCAGUAAUCACCAUUAAGCGUAGUGCGGAUGAAACUCCUCAAGACCCUGUUGAUGACUGAUUCUCUCUGGAUUUGAGUUUAUUAGUUUUUGUUGUGUUCAUGGACUUUGAAACACCAGAAACAUGUAAUCUUAUCAAACAUCAAUAGUGUAGAAGCAAAUUGAUUCGAUAGUGUGAUGUAGUCUUUGUUCUUUCCUUGAUGGCAUGUUUUCUGGUUAGCUUUGGGCGAACCAUAUCCUUGUCUUUUAAAAUUCAGUUGGAAUGUUGGAUAA